GGGCUUGGAGGGCACCGGAGUGCGGGGCAGGCUGAGUCACUGUGAUCAUGGAUCUGAAAUGGUUUCUGUUAGUGACUCUUCUGGUGCAUGGUUUAGCAACAAUAAAUGCGCAUGGCGGGCACCAUCAUGACCACGAUCAUGACCAUGAUCACGACCACGAUCACGAUGAAGAUGAUGGGCUAGACAUCGAUGAUGAACUAGAAGAUCCUGAAGAAUUAAAGCCAGAGACCAGCACACCGCCUCCUGCUCCUAAGGUGACUUACAAAGCCCCAGUACCAACAGGAGAAGUAUAUUUUUCAGAAUCAUUUGACAAAGGAACUUUGGAUGGGUGGAUUCUCUCCAAAGCCAAGAAAGAUGACACAGACGAAGAGAUUGCCAAGUAUGAUGGUAAAUGGGAAGUAUUAGAAAUGAAAGAUACAAAGCUCCCUGGAGACCUAGGUCUUGUCCUGAUGUCACGUGCAAAACACCAUGCAAUUGCCAGCAAAAUGAAGAAGCCCUUUGUCUUUGAUAAGAAAUCUCUAAUUGUACAAUAUGAAGUUAAUUUUCAAAAUGGAAUUGAAUGUGGGGGAGCAUAUGUGAAACUACUUUCCAAGACUCCAGAACAGAAACCUGAGCAGUUCCAUGAUAAAACUCCCUACACUAUCAUGUUUGGCCCUGACAAGUGUGGUGAAGAUUACAAACUGCACUUCAUUUUCCGGCACAAGAACCCAAAGACUGGAGAAUACGAGGAGAAACAUGCAAAACGACCAGAUGCAGACCUAAAAUCUUACUUUACAGACAAAAAAACUCACCUUUACACCCUAGUCUUGAAUCCUGACAACAGCUUCGAAAUUCUAGUUGAUCAAACUGUUGUAAACCGCGGGAAUCUCCUUAAUGACGUGAACCCUCCUGUGAAUCCCCCUAAUGAGAUAGAAGAUCCAGAGGAUAAAAAGCCUGAAGAUUGGGAUGAGAGACCAAAAAUACCAGAUCCUGAUGCUGUGAAACCUGAUGACUGGGAUGAGGAUGCUCCUGCAAAGAUCCCAGAUGAAAAUGCUGUCAAACCAGAAGGCUGGCUGGAUGAUGAACCUGAAUACAUUCCUGAUCCAGAUGCAGAGAAGCCAGAGGAUUGGGAUGAAGAUAUGGAUGGGGAAUGGGAGGCACCACAAGUGGCAAAUCCUAAGUGCGAGUCUGCUCCCGGUUGUGGAGUGUGGCAACGUCCAACUAUUGACAAUCCCAGCUACAAAGGCAAAUGGAAGCCUCCAAUGAUUGAUAAUCCAAACUAUCAGGGUAUAUGGAAACCAAGAAAGAUCCCAAAUCCAGAUUUCUUUGAAGAUCUGGAACCAUUCAGGAUGACUCCAUUCUACGCAGUUGGCCUUGAACUGUGGUCCAUGACCUCUGAUAUUUUCUUUGACAAUUUUAUUGUGACCUCAGAGAAAAAUGUGGCUGACGACUGGGCUAAUGAUGGAUGGGGCCUGAAAAAGGCAGCUGAUGGAGCAUCUGCGCCCAGUGUGGUGGGACAAAUGAUGGCGGCUGCGGAGGAAAGGCCCUGGCUCUGGAUUGUUUAUAUUCUGACUGUGGCUCUGCCAGUUUUUCUGGUCAUUCUCUUCUGCUGCUCUGGAAAGAAACAGCCAUUGGAUGCAGAACACAAAAAGACAGAUGCUCCACAGCCUGAUGUAAAAGAGGAAGAGGAGGAGGAUGAGGAGGAAGAAGGAAAGGCCAAUAAGAUUGAAGAGGAAGAGGAUGCUGAAGAAAGUGAACCAAAGCAGGAUGAAGCUGAAGAUCAAGAAAGCCAAGAGGAAGAGGAGGCAGAAGAGGAGAUUAAAACUAAGGAGGAUGACAUUAUAAACAGAUCUCCAAGAAAUCGAAAACCUCGAAGAGAUUAAGAAAACAAAUAUAUAUUAAAAAUCCACCAAUGAACUUGGACACUUGGCAGAAGUUAAUAUAAAGAGCUUUCUGUUUCUACAGAGAUGAAAGAAAACUAUCCAGGAACAUCGUAACACUGAAGCCACGAUACAUUGUCACCCACAAGUCGCAGCUGAGAACUAAACCACGUGUCUAGAUACCCAAGUAAUGAAAGAAAAGCAACAUUCCUGUAAUCUCAAUGCAUUUAAUACUAGUUGACUUCUUGGUGGGAUGUGCAGUGUAACAUGAAGAACUAACUGUACUGUUUUUCUUUUGUUUUUUGUUUGUUUUUUUUUUUUUAAAUUAAAACUUUUUAAAAGGAGAAGAAAUCUAGUAUUGCCAAACUCUUCCAUACUUCAGUGUAAUGAAACGUAUUAAUCCUAGAAAAUAAAGUCAGAGGAGAGCUUUAGGAAAUGUAAGAUCUAAAAUGCAUUUUUUAUUUGUUUAAUGGCUUCUUGGUUUGCUGUUUCCACUCCUUCAAGUUUAAAGUAACCCAUCUUGCUGUUCAUGGGACAUAUCUUUUUUUUUUUUUUUUUUUUUUUGUUUUACUCCCCGUUUUACACAAGUGUUUUCAAUACAGGCUUUGGUUCUAGAGAGCAUGGUCAGUAGUGCUGACAACAUGCAUGUUAUCCCUGGUUAUUGUUAAGCCGCCAGCACUUGAAGUCUUUAUGGACCAAAAUGCUAGAAUUACCUGGUAAACAGAUGUCCCGGAUACUUCUCACUUCCAUGUGUGCUCCCAAGUGUAAAUAUAUCCAUAUGCAACUUUCCCUUUGUGUUCAUACUGGGUUUUACAGAAGUUGACAGUCCCUGGUUUGUUUGUUUUUUGUCUUUUCACUGAAACUCUGUUUCCACAUCUUUAUUUAAAGCAACUUUGCUGUUUAAUCAGUGUUAGCCUUUUUCUUUUUCUGUGAUUUGCUUACUAGCAGAAUUGGAUACUCCCAAAUUGGCAUGAAUGCCUGCAUAUUCUCUCCAGGUCACAAACAGUGCAGUUCUUGCAUGGACCUGUCUCAUAAGACACUAACACUUUGUCUGUAGUAUGGGCCUGAGCGCAAGCGGUUUUCUAGUGUAUUUUUGACUUCCUUUGCAGAAAAAGGUUAAUGACAGGUGGUAGCUGGCCUCUGUUUGCUAGAAAUUCUCUUGAAGAGAAACCUCUUUUAAUGUCAGGAAUAUACGAAUAUAAUUUUUUCAACACAGACAUACCUAAUUCCACAGAUAAAAAGAAAACCAUUAUAGUCUGCCUGUGCUGCAGCGACUAGAUUCCUUUUGUUCCAAUGUGAAGUGAUGGAUUCUGGGACUUGAAGUCCAUCUGCUUUCCAGAGAAUCUGUGCACAACCAGGGGUGUAACUACAAAGGAAGCAGACCCUGUGUUUGCAGGGGGACCCAGGAGUGUAGGGGGCGCAGAAGGGCCCUAAUGUGCAAUUUCAAUAUAUCUUGGUAGAAUAGGUCAACUUGCCAAUAUUUUGGAGCCCUAAAUUGAGCCACCCGCUUGCUAUGGAAAGCAGAGGAACCUCAAGCCCCAGGAUCGAACAUUUCACAAUGGGACAAUGGAGGGGUUGCAUCACACGGUCAGGGAAUGGUUUGUCGGUGACACAAAUAAAGGGGUUUCCCAUUAACACUUGUAAUGCCAGCUGUACAAUGAAAUGCAGACAGCCAGGUACUUUACAGCCAGUGCCUAAGCUUCUUCUCUUUAUAGCACAGUAAGGCAACCUUGGAGACAGUCCUUGUGGCUUUGUCUGCUUGUCUUGCUGAGAAAUCAAGGAGACCAAAAUUACAACUUGCUGUUGCCAUAUAAUGAUUAUUUUAAAGUCCACUUGUCAAAUUGCAUAUGUAUUUCUUUGGUCAAAUCUUCAGUGCUGAUUGAGUUGUUAGACGGCCUGGCCCUUUUGGGGUAGUUGACAAAUAAUACCUGUUAUAUAUUUUCAUUGCCUAAAUGACACAUUCUUCUACUGAUCACUUUGUAAAUGAAUGAUUUUAUUCAGCCAUUUUCCUCGGUACCAUGUCAUGCUAUGUUCUUGCAUAUGCAUUGGCUCUCAUAGCUACAAUUGCGGGAAGCAAAAUCUGAUUUUCUCUGUGAUUUGGAAUUUGUUAACCUUGUAUACUAGACUGGUAACUGAACAAUAGACUCGUGUAACAGGCUGGUAUGGUUGGAGCAAAUAAUUAGACCCCCAGAUGUGAGAUGGAAAGAGGGUUCAUGGUUGUUCAGCGCUGAUACAGGCUAAUGCUAGAUUUAGGAACAAUUCUUUUCUGACUUGAUUUCUUCCUGGUUUGAAUCCCCCAUAACUGCUUUUUAAAUUUCUUUCUCUUUGCUAUAGAUUGAUUAUAUUUCCCUUGCUAUUUCCAAACAAAAUGACUGCUUGGGGUGCACUAAGGCAUUUCUUUUCUUUGCCUGUCCCAGUGGCACUACUGCAUGAGUAAAACUCUCCUAAGCCAAGGAUGAAUGCUGCAGCAGUGUUUUGAUGGCACAAGCUAUGAUGACAAAAAAAAUAUGUAUUUUAUUUGCUGGCAGGCCUUCAACUUACUGUAAUGUGUAAAGUCUUUUAAUUUGCUCUUGUUGUGGCAACGUAAAUUAUAUUGUUCAUGUAGGGUUUCAGAGUCAGAACACAAUAAAAUUUUUAAGAAAAA